CAACCCUAAAACCCCGACCCGCCUUCCGAUAUAAAUAUAAUGCAUCCAUCUUCAUCAACCUCUUGGCGUGAGACUUUCGAAGCUAGGGUUUCUCUGCAACCGCGGAAAUGGGAAAAGGAACAGGUAGCUUCGGUAAGAGGAGGAACAAGACCCACACUCUCUGUGUGAGGUGCGGACGCCGCAGCUUUCACCUUCAGAAGAGCACAUGCGCUGCCUGUGGGUUUCCUUCGAGCCGCAUCAGGAAAUAUAACUGGAGCGUGAAGGCGAUUCGAAGGAAGACCACUGGAACUGGUCGGAUGAGGUACCUCCGUCACCUCCCGCGUAGGUUCAAGAGUAACUUCAGAGAAGGCACUCAAGCAGCUCCGAGGAAGAAGGGAGCCGCCUCCUCUUAAGUUAAAGGAGCAUCGCGGGACGUAAUUUUGGUAGUCUAUUAUCGUUUCAGUCUCAUUAAAUCCUGGAUACUAGUGUUUUUACCCGCCCCCUGAUGAGUGUCUUAGCAGUAGAAGUUUUAUCCUGAAGAUUUAUGGAUGAUAAUUUUUAUUGGUUUUUGUUGUUUUGUUAUUGGAAGCAAUGGAUUCUAUUUGAUGCAGUUUGGAUGUUUAAGUGCCAAAGUACAAUUUCACUUAAAAUCAUUCUCCUAAACACACAUCCCUGAAAUCUAUAAGAAUGGUUAACUUUCCUAGCUUAGAAAGAGCUGGGUACUUGUGUUUUGAACUCA